AUGCCUUCCCCCGUCCCUAUCGCAACACGCCCGAUCAACAAGCCCACCGUGGGCAGAAACAAUUAUCAGCCCUUUGGCUUCCGCGAGGAAACCCUCCCUCAGGGAUGGAGUCAAGACGGCUCACGUCCGCUGCCAUGCGACAUUCAUGCCUCUCACGACCUGGGAAUCAAAGUCCGUGACGGAAGCACACUCUAUUGCGACAUCUAUCGCCCCGCCAACACUGACAAGCCAGUACCUGCGAUCCUGGCAUGGAGUCCCUUUGGGAAGAAGUUCAACGGCAUCACAUUACUGAAGUUCUUGCCAUGGGGUCUAGGAAUCCCGAAAGGCGUUCUCAGCGGCCUGGAGAAGUUCGAGGGGCCCGAUCCAGCCGAGUUUGUGCCUCGCGGGUUCGCAAUAGUCAACGUUGACGCUCGCGGAUCGGGUGACUCAGAAGGCACGGUGGGGAUUAUGGGAACGCAGGAGGCCGAGGACGGUUACGACGUGAUUGAGGCCAUCGCCAAAAUGUCUUGGUGCAACGGAAAUGUCGGGCUGGCCGGCAACUCUCACUUAGCCAUCGUUCAGUGGUUUAUCGCUGCAUUGCGGCCGCCAUCUCUGAAAGCCAUCGCCCCCUGGGAGGCAUGCAGUGAUCUCUACCGAGAGCAGUUCGUCCGGGGCGGUGUGUUCGAUGCCGGCCUGUUCGACUGGAUCAUCGACCACAAUAUCCAGGGCCACGGCGGUGUCGAGGACUUCCAUGAAAUGUAUCGACGCAAUCGAACCGCGGACACCUUGUAUUGGAAGGACAAACGGCCGGAUAUGAGCAAGAUCGAGAUCCCGGCCUAUAUCACGGCUUCCUACACCAGCUUCGUGCACACGAUGGGCUCCCUGCGUGGAUGGCUUCAGAUUUCAUCUUCAGACAAGUGGCUGCGGCUAUGCCCCUGGCAGGAAUGGUAUGACAUGUGGAACUGCAGGGACUCCGCUGCUGAGCUGGCUUCCUUCUUCGAUCACUACCUGAACGGCGCCAGCAACGGUUGGGAGCAGACCCCGAGGGUUCGAACCACCAUCUUGCGGUUCAAUCAGGAUCCAUUGUCCGACAUUGUCGAAGAGGACUAUCCGAUCCCACGCACAGAGUAUCGAAAAUUGUACUUCCAUGCCGAUGGUGCUCUUCGGGCUGAUGCUCCUACCGACAUCUCAUCUCUCUCAUACAACUCGGAGAAGUAUCAGGAUUGCGCAAGCUUCACCUACACGUUUCCAACCCGCAGCCGGUUGGCAGGCAUCCCAAAAGCGGUGGUAUACAUGUCCUGUCCUGAUUUCCACGACCUAGACGUCUAUGUGCUGGUCCGCAAACUCGACGCACAAGGAAAGCCACUGCUCAACUUGAACAUCCCCUGGUCUUCCAUUGCGGAGCAUGGUGUCAGUCCAGACAACGUCGAUAGCCUCUCCCCGCGGGAGAAGACCAAUCUCAUGUUCCACGUGGGCUCUCUGGGCAUCCUGCGGGCGUCUCGACGCGCGAUCGAUCGCUCCAGAUCAUUGCAUGAGAAUUUUCCCUUCCAUCCUCAUGAUCGGGACGAAUAUGUCAAUCCCGGCGAGAUUGUGAAAUUGGAGAUCGGUAUCUGGGCGAUGGGAGUGGAGUAUGAAGCCGGAGAGAGUGUGCGAGUCGAGGUGCAUGGGAAUAGCCCACUCUUGCGGGGAGAGUUCAAGGAGGACGGCGAGUUCCAAGAUUUGGCGUCGCACGGGACUCACGUCGUUCAUCUUGGUGGAGAGCAGUCUUCGCAUAUUAUAUUGCCGUUUGUUUGA